GUCGGAGGAGUUCGGAGGAUAGUGAUGGAAAUACUGAGGACGAUCACCUACCAGUCGAGUAACGGGAAUAAAAUGUGCGAGCAGGCACUGGGCAGAGUGUGCGAUCCCGGCAGGAGGUGGAAAGUCCCGGGCGAUGGAGAUCAGCACAUUCACCAUACAUGCUCCAACCCAGCCGGAGAGGUGUCCCGGAUCAUCACCGACCCCGGCACCGGGAAGAGAUACUGCAGGGGCAAAGUGCUUGGCAAGGGAGGAUUUGCAAAGUGCUACGAGAUGACAGACUUGACAACUAACAAAAUCUACGCUGCAAAAAUUAUCCCGCACAGCAGGGUGUCCAAACCUCAUCAGAGAGAGAAGAUUGAUAAAGAAAUUGAGUUGCACCGGACCCUCAACCACAGGCACGUUGUGCAGUUUUAUCAUUAUUUUGAGGAUAAUGAGAACAUCUACAUAUUGCUGGAAUACUGCAGUCGAAGGUCUAUGGCACACAUUUUGAAGAGCAGGAAAGUACUGACAGACCCAGAAGUGAGAUACUACCUCAAACAGAUCGUGUCUGGCUUGAAAUAUCUACACGAGCAAGAAAUCCUGCACAGAGACCUAAAAUUAGGAAAUUUUUUCAUCAACGAAAGCAUGGAGCUGAAAGUUGGCGACUUUGGCCUGGCAGCUAAAUUGGAGCCAAUGGAACUAAGAAGAAGAACAAUUUGUGGUACACCAAAUUACCUCUCGCCUGAAGUGCUUAACAAACAAGGACACGGCUGUGAAUCUGACAUCUGGGCUCUGGGAUGUGUCAUGUAUACAAUGAUGCUUGGAAGACCUCCGUUUGAAACCACGAAUCUUAAAGAAACCUAUAGAUGUAUCCGAGAAGCUAAAUACUCCUUGCCGUCUUCUCUAAUGUCCUCUGCAAAGCAUCUUAUCGCCAGUAUGCUGUCCAGAAACCCAGAAGACAGACCCAGCCUAGAUGAAAUCAUUCAGCACGACUUCUUCACACAGGGCUUCACACCAGACAGGCUUCCAUCAAGCUGCUGUCACACUGCACCAGACUUCCACUUGUCCAGUCCAGCAAAAAGCUUCUUCAAAAAGGCUGCUGCAGCCCUGUUUGGUGGCAAGAAAGAAAAGGCCAAAUACCUAGAUAACCAUAAUAAACCUGCAAAGGAAGAUGAAGAUAUCUACAAGCUGAGGCAGGACUUAAAGAAAACAGCCAUAUCUCAUCAGACUCGGAAUCCCAGAACGGAUGAGGAGAGUAAAACGGUAUCCAAGUCCAACAUCCAUGACAGGCCUGAUAAGCAGCAGAUGGGAGACACGAUACGACUUAUUGUUCGAGGGACCCUGGGUAGCUGCAGCAGCAGUAGUGAGUGCCUGGAAGACAGCACAAUGGGCAGCGUGGCAGACACAGUUGCAAGAGUCCUCAGGGGCUGCCUAGAAAAUAUGCCGGAUUCAGAUUGUAUCCCAAAAGAAAACAUAAGCGCCUCAUUCCACUGGGUAACAAAGUGGGUGGACUACUCCAAUAAGUAUGGCUUCGGUUACCAGCUGUCAGACCACACGGUUGGCGUGUUGUUCAAUAAUGGAGCGCACAUGAGCCUACUGCCUGACAAAAAGACUGUGCACUACUAUGCUGAGCUUGGGCAGUGUUCAAUCUUUGCAGCUACAGAAGCCCCGGAGCAGUUCAUCAGCCAAGUCACGGUGUUAAAAUACUUCUCUCACUACAUGGAAGAGAAUCUCAUGGAUGGAGGUGACCUGCCCAGCGUAACAGAUGUAUGUAGACCCCGAUUGUACCUGCUGCAGUGGUUGAAGUCUGACAAGGCCCUUAUGAUGCUCUUCAAUGAUGGCACUUUUCAGGUAAAUUUCUACCAUGAUCACACAAAGAUUAUAAUUGCUAACCAAAAUGAUGAAUACCUGCUGACUUAUAUCAAUGAAGACAGGAUGUCUACAACUUUCAGUCUGAGCACGCUAUUAAUGUCAGGUGGCUCUAAUGACUUGAGAAACCGAAUGGAAUAUGCAUUGAACAUGCUGUUGCAGAGGUGUAAUUAAGGUGAAAGAAGGUUGUUGGAAACGUUGAGGAUAAAGUCCUUCACUGUGAGAACAAGUGCUGGAACCUAGCACGUUUGGAAAGAGGAGGUGGUACGAAAAACAAACUUCCUACGUAGCAUGCUGGGCUGGAACCAGACUGUACAUAUAUUCAUCCUGCUUUGUUGGAUCCUAUUUGGUUUGCCUGGAUGGAUGCUUUUGUGGAAAGAACCACAAUGGCUCGAGGAGAAAGCUUCCGACAAGUGGGGUGACAAAGUUUUGCUCCGUAGAGAGCACUCGGUGGACACGGAAUUUAAUUGUGAACAUACUUAUGAUUCCGGGAUUGAUAUGUUGGCUCGAAUGGACAAUUGGAAUGUUAAGUUGUGGAAUCGCUGUGAUCAAUGCAGCUUACUGCUGCCAAACUGUGAACUAUGGCCAUAUAUAUUUUAAUACCCACGUUUUGUGGCUGGACAAGUGCAUUCCUAGUUACUAACAUAAUUUAUUACAGCCCAAAAGUGAAGUAUUUAUGAUUUUUUUUUUAAUUUUAUUUGGAUUUAACUAUUUUAAGUAUACAUUGUAUACGUUGUUGGCAAUAAAGAAAUAUGAAA